AUGGGAAAGCUAUGUACAAUUGAUAGAUUUUUUAAAAGAAAAAAUGCAAGUUUCUCAGAAGUCAAUGCUGGCAAUAUAUCAUUGCCAACUUCCAAUGUUGAUAUCCCUGAAAAUCGUCCCACAAAAUCUCAAAAAAUUGAUGUUAAAGAAAUUAAUAUUGGUUCAUUGGAGCGAGAUCCUAGAUUACGUUGUGCUUUUAGAGGUCACGAUGAAAGGCCAAAUUCAAUUAAUCGUGGAAAUCUUCUUCAAACAGUGAAACUGUUGGGAUCAUAUAAUGAUAAUGUUGCUAAAGUAUUGGAUAAAGUUUCGAAAAAUGCCUCUUACACAUCACCAAAGAUUCAAAAAGAAAUUUUACAUAUUUUUUCAACCAAAGUGAACAAUGCAAUUCGUGAAGAAAUUGGUUAUGCAAAGUAUUGCAUAAUUGUUGAUGAAGCUCGUGAUGACGCUUGUGAUGAGUCAAAGAAGGAGCAAAUGGCUAUAGUUUUGAGAUUCGUUGACAAAGAUAGUUUUGUGAGAGAGCCUUUUCUUGGGCUUAUUCAUGUCUCUAACAUUGCUAUAUCAACCCUAAAAGAUGGAAUAUAUUCUGUAUUGUCUCAUCACAAUUUAGAUAUUCAAAAUAUUCGAGGACCAAGAUACGAUGGUGCAAGAAAAAUGCGAGGUGAGUGGAAAGGAUUACAAGCAUUAGUUUUGAAUGAUUGUCCAUAUGCUUAUUAUAUUCAUUAUUUUGCACAUCGUUUGCAGUUGGCUUUAGUGGAAGCAUCGAAAGAUGUUAUCCCAAUUCAUAAAUUUUUUCCUAAAUUGACUUUUGUUGUCAAUAUUGUUGGUGCCUCAUGCAAGCGCAAUGAUGAAUUGAAAGUUGCGCAAGCUGCUGAAAUUGAACAUAUGAUUGACAUUGAUGAGCUCGAGACUAGAAAGGGACUUAACCAGAUUGGCACUUUACAACGAGCUGGAGAUACUCGUUGGAGUUCUCACUUCAAGUCAUUUUCAAGUUUAAUAAAAAUAUUCAGUCCAAUAUGUGAAGUUCUUCUUAACAUCAUUAAUGAAGGAACAACUUCUGCCCAACGAGGAGAUGCAGACUCAGCUUAUGAACAUUGA